AAAAAAAAUCAGCUUAGUUUUCAUUAGGUUUAUUAGGCAUGCUUUUUGACUCUAUCUAAAAAUUUGAUAUAUUGUUGUGCCAUUUGGAAAGUGUAAUAAUUACAAAAGAUAUAGGCACCUGUUAACUGAAAAAAAAAGUUAUGGGACUUCAGGAUGAUGAAAUAGUAAUAACAGGAAUCGCUGGCCGAUACCCCGAAUGCGACACUUUCGAAGAGUUCAAAAAAGCACUUUUCGAUGGAGUUGAUUUAAUUACAGAAGAUUCUAGACGAUUUGAACCAGGAACAUACGAUGUACCAGUACGUGCUGGAAAAAUCAAUAACAUCGAAUAUUUCGAUGCUCAGUAUUUCGGAAUACAUCCUCGACAAGCUAGAGUCAUAGAUCCUCGCCACAGAAUAAUGUUUGAGACGGCUUAUGAGGCUAUCGUGGAUGCUGGAUAUAACCCAAAGGAACUUAGUGGAACAGAAACAGGUGUCUACAUCGGAAUCGGUGCAUUUGACAGUCUUGAAUCCUACAAAGAACUAGAAAACACUAACGGCUACUGUAACAUUGGCUGCUCUCUAGGACAAAUUGCCAAUAGAACGUCGUACUGUUUUGAUCUUAAAGGACCAAGUUUUGUAUUGGAUACUGCCUGUGCUUCAGGCUUAUAUGCAUUGGCUAAUGCAUUCAAAGCUAUGGAGAGAGGAGAUAUUGAUGGUGCUAUUGUAUCUGCUGUAAACAUAAAUUUGCAUCCAUAUGAAAGCAAAGAGUUCAACCAACUAAACAUGUUAUCGCCAGAAGGUAAAUGUAAAGUAUUUGCUACCGAUAGAGAUGGAUAUGCUAGAUCAGAAGCCAUUGUAACUGUACUAUUGCAAAGAAAAUCAAAAUGUAGACGAAUGUACUCAACAGUUUUAGGAGCCGAUACGAAUUGUGACGGUUGGAAAUUGGAAGGUAUUACUUUUCCAUCUUCAGCGGCGCAGUUAAAACUCAUACGUAAGAUUUACGAGGAAAAAAAGCUUAAUCCAAAUGAUGUAAAAUAUAUUGAAAUGCACGGGACUGGAACGCCAGCUGGUGACACCGUUGAAUGUCAACCUAUUUUGGAUUUCUUUUGCAAAGAUCGAAAUGAACCUCUUCCUAUUGGCGCAGUCAAGACUAACAUGGGUCAUUCAGAAAUUUCUGCUGGACUUUGUUCUCUAUCAAAAGUAUUAAUUGCCAUGGAAGCUGACCUUAUACCUGCCAAUUUACAUUGUGAAAAUAUUGACUAUACUCUACCUGGUAUUGAUAGUGGUAAAAUGAAGGUUGUUACUAAAAAUCUUCCAUGGGAUGGCGGAAUGGUUUCUCUGAAUUGUUUCGGAUUUGGCGGUGCCAACGCCCACGUUGUUCUCAAAUCAAAUGAAAAGAAAAGGUUGAAACCUAAAAGGUUGAGUCAUAGAUUGGUGAAUGUUUCAGGAAGGACUGAAGAAAGCGUAAAGUACCUUCUGGAACAAGCACAAGCACAUCAAGAUGAUCAAGAAUUUUUAGCUUUGAUCGAUGAAAUUCAUAAAAUUGAUGUCGAGGGACAUCCGUACAGAGGGUAUAGCAUCUUGGGUGAUAAUCCAACAACCGAAAUUAAACAAUUCAGCAAACAAAAAAGACCAGUUUGGUUUGUAUACAGUGGCAUGGGAAGCCAAUGGACCGGCAUGGCUAAAGACCUAAUGAAAAUUGACGUCUAUAGAAAUACCAUCAAAAGAUGCGCUGCUGCUUUGAAACCAUACAACGUAGAUUUGGAACAUAUCAUGACCAGUGACGAUCCAACAAUUUUCGAUGACAUUUCCAAUUGCUUUUCGGCUAUUGCUGCUUCUGAAAUUGCUUUGACUGAUGUAGUUAGAGCUUUUGGUAUUGAGCCUGAUGGUUUCGUAGGACAUUCACUAGGUGAAGUUGGUUGUGCAUACUGUAAUGGUGAAUUAACGCCUGAACAAGCUAUGCUUAUUGGGUUUGCCAGAGGCUAUGCAACCAAACUUUCCAAAGGACCUUCUGGUCAAAUGGCAGCUGUUGGUUUAAGCAAAGAAGAAAUUAAAAAAUAUCUUAUAGAUGGUGUUAGUAUUGCUUGCAUCAAUGGAAGCAGUAGCGUAACAAUAACCGGUCUAAAAGAUGCUGUAAAUCAAGUAGUGGCUUCAUUGAUCGAAAAAGGAAUAUUUGCUAGAUUAGUAGCAACUGCUGGCUACGCCUUUCAUUCACAAUACAUCGACGAUUCCGCUCCGCAUUUGCAAGAGUUUGUUGCCAAAAUUAUAACCGAUCCAAAACCGAGAUCCAGUAAAUGGAUUUCGAGUUCUCGUCCAGAAAGCGAAUGGAAUGAUCCGUUGGUGCAGCUUAAUUGUGCAGAAUAUCACCGCAAUAACUAUAGAAAUCCAGUAUUGUUUGAUCAAGUACUAAAAUAUAUACCUAAAGAUGCGAUUGUUAUUGAGAUAGCACCGCAUGGGUUGUUGACUGCUAUUUUGAAAAGGGAGAUGGGACCUGAUGUUACGUGUUUGAGUUUGGCUAAUAAGAAUAGUAAAGAUAAUUUGCAGUUUUUGUUGUCAAACAUUGGAAAAUUGUUUGUCAAUGGAGGUCAGCCUAACUUAAGAACAUUUUACAACGAAGUAAGUUUUCCUGUUGGAAGAGGCACUACAAAUAUUGGUUCGUUAGUAAAAUGGGAUCACAGCGUCAAAUGGUUCACUCCAUUUUAUGAACCAAACAAAGGUUUCGGAAAGAAGGUUACUGUGAAUACUGAUAUGGAGAUAUAUAGUUAUUUGAAAGGCCACAAUAUAGACGGAAGGGUUCUGAUGCCUGCCAGCGGCUACUUGGAACUCGUCUGGAAAGUAACCGCAGAAGCCAAUUCGAAAACCGUUCAAACUUACCCAAUAGUAUUUGAAUCUUUGAAAUUUUUGCGAGCCACCGUACUACCUGAAGGCGAAGACGUAGUCUUUUACAUAAACAUAAUGAAACAAUCUGGAUAUUUUGAAAUAUUCGAAGGUGGAUCAGUCUGUUGUUCCGGAACUAUAAAGUCAACUAAAGUUAUUUCUGAUGAGUUUAUAAAUCCUGAUAAACCAAAAAUUGACGUAAACGGCUAUAACCCAUUGCGCAAACAAGACGUUUAUAAAUGGUUCAAUUUGAAGAGGUAUAAAUAUUCUGGAAUAUUCCAGGGAAUUGAAUCGGUAGACGUUGGAGGAACUGUAGGAAAAAUAAAAUGGCAUAAUAGUUUUACUAGCUUCCUGGAUACAAUGAUUCAAAUAUCUCUUGUAACAGAAUACUCGUAUGAUCUUUAUUUGCCUACACGUUUACAGAAAUUAGUUAUUGAUCCAGUGAGGCAUUUCAAAGAAAUAACUUCAAAUAAUGAUUUGGAAUUGUUUUAUGACAAAGACAUAAAAUUAAUAAAGUCAGGAGGAAUCGAAUUGACCAAUCUGGAAGUAUUCGCAGCGCCAAAAAGACAAAACAUCCAAGCCGAUCCCGUCUUAGAAAGUCAAACUUUUGUUCCUUACAUAACUAGAAAUUCCCCAGAGCCAAUAAAUUUACCAUUAAUAUUAAGAAUAGCUAUUCAAAUAGCUGUUGAAAAUAAUGGAUUGAUCAAGAAUCUACAAGCCUAUGAAGUAGUUUCUAAUAAGGAGAAUUCUUUAGUCAAAGACCUGGAAGAAAUCAGUAAAACUGAUCCAAUGAUAAAUUUAACCUUUGUGGAUGGAGAAUCAAAAAAAUUCGACUUGAUUUUAUAUUCCGAUGGUCAAUUAGAUCAAACAGCUCUCAGUAUGUUAAAUGCAGAUGGGUUUGUAUUAUUUCAUGGUUUGGGCAAGGACGCUGAAGCUAUAGGACUUCCUGUUGUAUAUGAAAAUUCUCAUAAAGAAAAAGGUAUUUACUUACUGCGAAACAUCACCUCUCCAAAUUCACACACCAUUAUCGAAGUAACCAACGUGAACUUUGACUGGAUGGAAAAAGUGAAAACCGCAAUUCAAAAAAAUCAAAUAGUCUACGUAACAAACUCCAUGGAUCGUACCAGCGGAGUUUUGGGUUUAGUGAAGUGUCUUAACCUGGAACCCACGGAAAAAGCACGUGUAAAAUGUAUUUUAAUCAACGACGACAGUUUAUUCCCAGAUUGUAGCAAACAAUUAUCGUACCAAUUGAGCACCAACGUGUUACAAAAUUGUGUUUGGGGUAGUUUCAGGCACCUUCCAGUAAAUCCUGUUAGUACAAUCGAUGUUUCUAGUGCUAGCAAUAUGGUACAAACUAUUGGCGAUUUGUCUUCACUCAAGUGGAUUGAGAGAUCAAUUGAGAAUAACAAACCUUUCAUAGAAUCGGAAUACGUUUACGUUAACUACGCAGCUUUAAACUUCAAAGACAUCAUGGAAGCAACUGGAAAACUUCACAUUAAAAACAAGUCAGAUCCUUCCUGCCUCGACAUCCAGUCAGGCUUUGAAUAUUCUGGUAUAACAGAAUCUAAGAGGCGAGUUAUGGGCAUGGGAUCUUGCGCCGUAAGUCUACAACUUUGGAAUGAUCCACUAUUUACUUGGGAAGUUCCAAAGACUUGGAAUUUGGAACAAGCAGCCACUGUACCAGUGGUUUAUGCUACGUGCUAUUAUGGUUUGAUUAUGAGAGGCCAAUUGCAAAAACGAGAAUCAAUUUUGAUUCAUGCUGGUGCAGGAGGUAUUGGUAUUGCCGCUAUUUCAAUAGCCCUAAGUUUGGAUUGCGAAAUUUUCACUACUGUAGGAUCACAAGAAAAACGAGACUUUUUGCUUAAAAUGUUUCCCAAAUUGAAACCUCAAAAUAUUGGUAAUUCAAGAAAUGCAUCCUUUGAGCAGAUGGUUUUGAGAAAUACCAAAGGUGCUGGGGUAGAUAUGGUCCUCAACUCCUUAUCCUCGGAAUUAUUCCAAGCCUCAAUUCGCUGUAUUGCCCAGAGAGGUCGAUUUAUGGAAAUAGGAAAAGUUGACUUAUGGGCUGGUACUCCAGUUAGCGCUAGCCUGUUUGCAAAAAAUGCCAGUUUUCAUGGUGUUUUGCUCGACGAUUUCUUUAAUGUCAAUACUAGACAUCCUAUUAAGCAAGAGAUACAUAGAUUAAUGUCUGAAGGUAUUACCAAAGGUGAUGUCCAACCCUUGCCAGCUACAGUAUUCUUGGAAGAUCGUAUCGAAGACGCCUAUCGUUUUCUAGCAACUGGAAAACAUAAAGGCAAAGUUCUUAUAAAAAUCAGAGAUGAAACGUCUUUUGAAUCGCUCCAGAGAACCAUCAAAGCUUUACCAAAAAUAUAUUUUGAUCCAAAAAAAGUAUACAUCGUAGUGGGGGGUCUAGGAGGCUUUGGCUUAGAGCUCACCAACUUUUUAAUCAAACGUUACGCCAGAAAAAUUGUACUCAACUCCAGACGAGGUAUAACUAAUGGAUAUCAAUCAUUGUGUAUGAAGAAGUGGAGUGAAUUUCCAGAAGUAAAUGUUAAAGUUAAUACUGAUGAUAGUUCCACAUUGGAAGGUGCCAAAAAGUUGGUAAAGUUUUCUGAACAAAUGGGACCUGUCGGAGGCAUAUUCAAUAUGGCAAUGAUAUUAUCCGAUGCACUAUUCGUAAACCAAACUGUUGAAAAAUAUAAGACAGUAUUUAAUUCGAAAAUCUAUUCUGGAUUAAACUUGGAUAAAAUAACCAGAGCACAGUGUCCGAAACUGGACCAUUUCGUAGUAUUCAGCUCCCUAGCAUGCGGCAGAGGCAAUCCAGGUCAAUCAAAUUACGGCAUGGCCAACUCGGCAUUGGAAAGAUUAUGCGAAAAAAGACGUCAAGACGGGUUGCCUGCUUUAGCGGUACAAUAUGGCCCUGUGGGCGAUGUAGGAGCCGUUGCUGAGAAUUCCAAAUAUGACAAGACUAUUAACGUUUUUGGUCUAGUUUCCCAAACAAUUACUUCUUGUAUUAAUGCUUUGGAAACAUUUAUGCUUCAACCUUAUAUAGUUGGAUCAACAUUUGUUAUGGAUGAAGAAAAUUUGGCAACAUCUGAAACUCGCAAAACACCUGUUGACAUAAUAGCAAAUAUUUUAGGAAUAAAAGAUAUAAGUUUAAUAUCCAACAAAGACCAAUGUUUAGGCGAAAUGGGAUUGGAUUCACUUAUGACAGCUGAAAUUAAGCAAACACUUUACAGAAAUUACAAUAUUGAAAUAGCUGCUGAAGAUAUUAGGAAUAUGACUUUCAAUAAAAUUUCACAAAUGUUUGAAAAAUCAGGAUCUAGCACAACGACUGACAGUUCAAAUGUUCAUGAAAAUGGCCAUCCUUAUGUAUUAUUUAAUGCGAUGCUUUCCAAAAAUAUUAUCAACGAAGUUAUUAAUGACAAAACGUAUUCAAAUAAAAUUUUCUUUAUACCUCCCAUUGAGGGCAACACUGAAAUAAUGAUACCAUUAGCCCAUACUUUGAAAGCCAAUAUUUAUGCCUUACAGUUCACCAAAGACUUGAAUUUUGACAAUAUGCAAGAUUAUGCAAACACAUUUAUUCAAACCAUUAAAAACGUACAGAGCAAUGGACCAUAUGUGCUUUGUGGAUACUCUUAUGGAGGGGCUUUAGGGUUUGAGAUAGCUACACAGCUAGAAAAAUUAGGUGAUAAAGUGAAACUGUUCCUGAUCGAUGGCACACCCAGUUUUGUUAAACGAAUUUUGGAGGAAAAGUUUAAUCAACAAGGGAAAUUACAAGCCAAUGUGAAAGUUAACGUGCUCAAGUCGUUUUUGGAGUUGCUUGAUGAAUUGGACAAUAAAAAGAUAAACUCUCUAUUUGAUGGUUGUGUGGACUACGAAGAACAACUUAUCAAACUGGGAAGUUUUGUAGCUGAGAAUACUAGUUACAAUUCUGAAGAUGCCAGUGUUGCUGCAGACAGGUAUUUCAAAAGGGUAGUUGCAGGAUUCUUUUACCACCCAACAAGCACAUUUAAGGGAGAUGCCACCCUAAUAAGAUCCGAUGAUGUUUUUAAAGAAUUGCCAAAUGAUUACGAUUUGCAAAAAAUUUGUGAACAACCAAUCGACCUCACUUCAUUGAAAGGUAAUCAUCGAGAGGUUUUACUUGGAAACAACUUACAGAGGAUAUCAGAAAUUAUUAAUAAUAAGUUAUAAAAUUUUUGUCCGUUUAUGUCGCCUAUAAUACGUUUUAUCAAAA